AUGUAAAAUAAUGAAUAGAUAAAAAAAAUGAAAGAAUUUGUAGAAUAAUUGAUCGAAUUAUUCUAAAAAAUGAUAAAUUACUAAGAUUGGUUAGAGAAUAGUAUUUCAUUGAUUUCAUAUUUUGAUAAAUAAGUUAGAAUCAAUGGAUGUAAAUUAUAUCUCAAUUCUUGGUUGAAAAUGGAGGAAUAAGGUUACAAAGGUUAUCUUAAAUAUUAAUAUAAUCUUAAAGAUAUAAUAAAAUUUAUAGAUGAUGAUUCUACAAUAAUAAUUCAAGUAUCUUGA